GUGAAGUGUUGUCUAGAUGUUGAAGAUUGAUUGAUAUCUGAGCGUGCUGAGAGCAGAUUUUUGAUUCAUUAAAGCUGCUAAUUUUUAAUAGGAUUCUAUGGUUUAUUUUUUUCCAAAAUAGAUUUUGGCAUUGUCAACUUUCAAACAUAAACAAUGUAGCUAAGGCCGCUUAUUGGUCGCUAUUGUAAAACUGAUAUCAACCUGCAGAAACACCUCAUUUUGCGACCAAUCAGGGUCAAGCGUUACUGUUUAUGUUUCAAAGUUUUCAAUGUCAAAAUCUAUCUUGGGAAAAAAUAAAGUGUAGAUUCAAGAUCUAAGCUUUGAAGAUUUUGAAGUUGCGGCAGUCGCGCAAAAACCUAAUGACAUCAAAGGUUCUAUAGGCUGUACUGAUGUAAAAACCAAAGAUUCGGAAGAUUUUGAAGCCUUGAAAAGAGAUUUGAGCCUUUCAUCAAAUCUCCUCACUCUGAGACGUUUCCGCAGAAUUAAGACACACAAAAUAUAGAGCGGAGAUAUUUCUAAGAUUCUAAUAAGGUUUGUGAUUAAAACUGAGUCCAAAGAUCUCAGACUCAGACUCAAUAAAUGUUUCACAAGAUUUAUGACCUGAAACUUAAAACUCUACUAAAGACAUUGAGCGAUUCUGAGAAUGCUGGCAACUAUCUUUUUAAGAUUCUAGAGAAAAGACUCGGAUAAUCAGGAAUCUCUGAGCACUGUACCGGUGGUGUUCAAUCUAUCAAAUUUGACAUAAAUAUUUUAGCAAAAAUGUCACAGAUACUCAGUUCGGAAGAACUCAAAAAUCAGACAGCUCGCUUCGGCGACGUCCUCAAACCCCUCAAAGCUGUAAUCCAUGGACCUCCGACAUCUGGAAAAUCCGAAAUCGCUAAACGAAUAUGUCGACACUACGGAGCCCUCAAUGUUUCCGUAAAAAGUAUGAUUGAUGAAACUUUAGAAGAAUUGAGACAAAAAAUCACUGAUGCAAAAGAACAACUCGCCACGAGAGCCGCUACACGAAAAACAAUCAAAGACCAAGGCCCAGACGAAGAGGUCGAAGAGGAAGAAGACGAAGUCGACGAAGGAAUGGACGUUACCGAAAUCGAAACUGAAAUCGAGCAAUACGAAGAACAAAUUCGCGAUAUCAACUCGUUAAUUUCACAAAGCCCCAGUGGCAAACUACCAGACGAUUACGUAGUGCGUAUGAUGCGCGUUUUUUUGAGUAAAGACCGUUGUCAGAGUCACGGAUUCGUUUUGGAUGGAUUUCCAAAAACAAUUCAACAGGCUAAAGAACUUUUUGGUCAAGCUGCUGAAGUUCCUAAAGAAUUAAAAGGUACAGUUAAAGGUAGGAAAGAUGCUGGUGAAGCUGAUGAAGGUGAGGGCAUGAUACAAGUAGGCGAUAUGAUCGGUAAUGCGAAUGCCAGCAUAAUACCAGAUUUUGUGGUCAGCUUGCAGGCAGAUGAUGAUUUUUUAUUGCAAAGGAUUAUGAUGUUACCUGAAAGAAGUAUCCAGGGAACCAAUCAUGACGAGUCAAACAUGAUUCGGAGAUUAUUGGAAUUCAGAAACAGUAACACUGCGGAUAAUACUGUUUUAAAUUUUUUCGAUGAAGCGGAAAUUCAUCCAAUUGUUAUAGACAUAACGGAAGAAGGUUCUACCGAGUUGGAAUGUAUUUUGAAUUAUUUGUAUAAUAUUUUUGGUCCGCCGAUACCGGGUUUUGGAUUGAGUGCUGAGGAGGAAGAAGAGUUGCAGAAAUUGGAAUCUGAGCAAAAGAAACUGCAACAGAAAACUUACUUAAUUGAAAAACAACUUGCAGAAGAAGCAGCUAGAAAAGAGUACGAAGAUAAAAUGGAAAAAUGGGCAGAAACAAUGGAAAAACUGCAAACUGAAGAGGAAAAACUACUUGUAGCUACAACCGAACCAGCGAGAUAUUAUUUAAUGAAGUAUGUGUUUCCUACUUUAAUGAAAGGUUUGUCUGAAGUGGCUAGAUUAAAACCAGAAGAUGCUGUCGAUUAUUUGGCGGAAUUCUUAUUUAAGGAGAAUCCUGAAGGGAAAAUGUUUGAUCCGUCUUAUACUAGGUCUGGUGAAGAUAUUAUUAAACAGCAUGAAGCUGUAGUGCAUAUUGUUAAUGAAUCUUCUAAAUAAAUAAUAAUUUGUAUUUUAA